AUGACUCCUACAGUCUUCCUAGUCAUCCUGUGCCUGGGAGUGGCCUCAGCUGCUAUAGUCCCUGAUGCGUGGUUGGUUGCUGAAUUGCAGGAGCAGAAAGAUAAAGAAGGACUCAAAAAAGCAAUGUGGAAUGAGUUUAUCAUGAAAGUGCACAGUAGCAAAAAUGACCAGGAGAAGGAUGGCAUCGACAUAGAAACGAGAACCUUCUUUGGUCAGCUGAGUGGUGAAGAACUCAUGAAAAUAAUGACUAACAUUUUCCACCCAAUGUUGGAAGAGGAGAAACCACGGCCAGUUGGUGAUGUCCCUGAAUUUGAGGAUUACGCAGAGAGUGGCGAUGGGUUUCUUGUACCAAAUCAGCUACAGUAA